CCCAAACCGGCGAGCUGUGGCUGCAAGUGGCACUCGCCAUGCGCGAGCACGCCCUUUGCCUCCUCCAUGUGCUAAUACCCACCUUGACAGAUCCGCCAGAUCGGUGCCAUCUCCGCUGGCUACACGUUCGUUGCAGGCCUACUUGCGGCUCGCUUCUAUGUCGCACCAGCUUUCCAGGUUUCUUGGUUCGCCUUAAUCUACAGUGGUGCCGGCGCUGUCUUGUUUACCGACCUGAUUCCAGGCCGUAACAAGAUGUUCGUCAGACAGAUUCUCACACUGUUCACAGUAGCUUCACUCGCUUGGUUAACGAUAAGCUACCUCCGCCAAUCUCGCAGCUCCGCCCUCCGUCCAUACGACCUUCCCGAGUCGCUUAUUCGACCCGACGAGCCCCCCGCACCUCUCAAGCCUCUUUCGCUACCCCCGACAGACAAACAUCCCGUGGAGCAAUUGGUUGAGGACGCAGAGAACAACUUCCAACAGACGCAGGCGAGACAGUCGCAGACUUUAAACGAAGCCGUCGCCGAAUACCGUCGCCGAUAUGGAAUCCCGCCUCCGCCAAACUUUGACCGUUGGUUCGAGUUUGCGAAGAGAAAGGGCGUUCCACUCAUUGACGACGGAUACGACACUAUUUAUCACUCUCUGUUGCCGUUCUGGGCGCUCGAGCCAGCCAUGAUUCGUGCGCGCGUGAGGGAAGCUCUCGGUCACCCUGACAAUGCUCUGAUUGGGCUGUUGAUACGGGACGGGCAAGCGACACAUAUUGAAGGAGGUCAAGAUUGGCAAAGGGAGGCAACGCUGGGCAUGAUCCAGAACUUCCUCGCCUACCUGCCGGAUAUGGACAUUGCAUUCAACAUCCACGAUGAACCUCGGGUUGUUGUUCCACACGAUGAAUUGUCGCGCCUCGUCAAAAAGGCAAAGGAUGAACGUAUGCCUAUGGCAGCCGCUAAUCAGAAGCCCAAGAACGCUUUUUCACCGCGACCAAAGGACUUGAACAAUGGCAAGCGGCUUGACGAAGCCCCGUUCACCCGGUUUAACCACUUCGCCCAUCAAGCAACUUGGACCCAUUCGCGCAUGUCUUGUUCUCCGGACAGCCCAGCCCGUAGCCUCGACGAGAACCAGCCGGACAAUCAGACCGCAUACGCCCUCACUGAACUUGGCUUCGUCUAUAACCAAUCGGCCUUCUCCGAUAUCUGCAAUUCGCCUUCCUUAUCCUCUAGCUUUGGGUUUUUCGACCGGCCAAAUGCCUUCAAUCUUGUGCAGGAGCUUUUCCCCAUCUUUUCGCAAAGCAAAAUCAGCAGCUACCAAGACAUCCUCUAUCCCAGUCCCUGGUACUGGUACGGUAAAGUGACUUACGAAGGCGCCCGUGAUCCGGUGUGGGAAAACAAGGCCGACGCUCUCUACUGGCGCGGCUCGACGACAGGCGGCUUCAGCCGCAACGGUGGCUGGCGCCGACAGCACCGACAGCAUGUAGUGCAGCGGCUUAACGAACCCGGAAAGGCGCUCAUCAUGGUUCAACGGAGCUCACCAGAAGCGUCGGGCUCGCCAGGCACGUGGACUGCGAAACCCGUCUGGCGCCGAGACUAUGCGGAGCUGGUGGAUGUGCUCUUCAGCGGUGUCGGGCAGUGCGACCCGGGCGAUUGCGACGCACAGCGGCAGUUCUUCCGCGUGGUCGAUGCGGCCGACUUUCAGGAGGCGUGGACUGCCAGGCAUCUAUUGGACAUGGACGGUAAUGCCUUCUCUGGUCGCUUUUACGCUUUCCUCGAGAGCCACAGCGCCGUGCACAAGAUUGCUGUCUUCCGCGAGUGGCACACAGAUUGGAUUCAGCCAUGGAAACAUUACGUUCCGCUUAGUCUAAAGGGCGACGAGUGGCUUGAGGUCAUGAGGUUCUUUUCGGGCGAAGAAGUGGGCAAGCGGAUGGCGAGGGAUAUGGCCGACAGCGGUCGCCAAUGGGCAAAGAAGGCGCUGCGAAAGGAGGACUUUGAGGCCUGGUUCUUCAGGCUGUUGUUAGAGUACGGCAGGGUUCUUGACGACAACAGAGACACGAUCGGUUACAGCGUGUAACGUCCAUAAAGAUCACUUCUCUGGAUUAAAUA